AUGUCUGAAUCCGGCUCUGUGGAAGCGCAGAUUUUCCCUAUUCCCACUGAUGACGAGGAAAGACACGCGAACGAUAUGCAACAUGCCCUCAAACCCGAGGAUAUCAUACCUACUGCGCCUCCAACGCCCCCAAAAGACAGAUCACUGUCGGCGGAUAGCGGUAUAGCAUUACAGAAACCGCAAUCGCCAGUAACCCCACCGACCGAUGACGAUGAAGAGAAUGAAUUGUUGCGAGAGGUUAUUGCUCAGUGCGGUUGUGCGCCAAACGACGUCGAGGAUCUUUAUGCUUGCACCCCCUUGCAAGAGGCAAUGGUGGCACAGACCAUGAGAGAGCCAAGUGCAUACACGAUCGAGCAUGAGUUUUAUCUCUCUCCGGAAAUAGACCCCAAAAGACUUCAAAAUGCCUGGAACCAGACGGCCCAGGCGAACCCAGCUCUUCGAACACGCAUGGUAGCCACGCACCAGCGAGGAUGUCUUCAAGUGGUCCUUCGAGGACCGGUUCCGUGGCAGAUGGAAUGCGAUGAUGAGGCAGUCCCAGAGGAAACCACGGUCACCGUCUGGAAGAUCGGUGCGCCAUUGCCUAUCAUGGGGAUGAUCUCGCACCACGAUCAUUCCGCCCGUUAG